AAUGAGCUCAACUCUAAAUAGAGGUUGAUAAGAUGAUGUUCAAACGUUGCGUCGGGAAUGGAAUUUAUCCGUCACAAAUGACAAUCAUUAAGUUCACAAAUUUAACUGUUUAUCGGAUGGCUUGUCAAAUACUCACAAUCGAAACAUAUUAACAGACACCAUGAUGUUCCGAAAAAUAGAUUAUGAAUGUGUUAAAAUGACGUUUUCUAAUCUCUGUCAAGAAUUCGUAAGCUGGAGGGGGGAUUGUUUCCUCGAUGAUUCUACCCCCUUUCAUGCCGAAAAAACAACAUAAUCGUGAAUGCUUGCCAAAAGUUCGUCAGAGUACACCAGGACCGUUCGCUUCGUGUAACUGGGAUUGAACAGAACCGUUUUAUCUGCAAAAAUGGAUCCUGAGCAGCUCUGUUUCUUGUGCCAAAACCCAUCGGUAUUGGAGUGUUCCAAGUGUCGGGCAAUAUUCUAUUGUAGUGAUCAGCAUCUACAAGUCCAUUUCGGAAGCGAGAACCAAUGUCUAGCCUUUAAAAUAACGAAGAAACCAGUAAUUGGGAAUAUUAUGGUCGCCACUAGACAUAUUAGGGCUACUGAGGUGAUCCUGGAGGAAAGACCCGCAAUUUAUGGACCCAAGAACAGCAGCUUGCCCAAUUGUCUCGAGUGCAUGGGCCCCACCAAGGAGAGAUGCCCAAAAUGUGGAUUUCCUUGCUGCCAAGAUAGUUGUUCUGAAGGGCCCAACCAUGCCAUUGAAUGCCCUGUUUUUGCUAAUUUGGAAGAACUUCCCGAUUUCACCGGGCCUUGCGAGGAAUUUUCGGCCAUCAUUCCUUUGAGAAUAUUGGCCUUAAGGGAGUCUCGCCCAGAAACAUGGGAGCGAGUGAAUCUCUUAAUGGAUCACGUCGAGGAUUGGAACGAGGUUGACAAGGCUUUGUGGACAAAAAUGGCUGAGGAUCUGAUUCAAAAGCGGUGCAAACAAUCGAAAUACACCGCCGAAGAGCUGUACCGAGCUGCAGGCAUCUUCCUCACCAAUGGUGUCAAUCAAGGUACCAAUCAAGGUCAUGGACUUUACCCUACAUUCUCGUUCAUUUCGCAUGGGUGCAUAUGCAAUUCUAGGUUUCAGAUCCAUAGGGAUCGCAAAUUAGUCUUGCGAGCUCAAAUAGAUAUCCCAAGGGGGGAAGAGAUAACCACCCGAUACUUGCCCUCCAUGAUCGGGAACAUUCGACGUCGUUUCAAAAUCAAAAACAACUGGAACUUUGACUGCGUUUGUUUGAGAUGCCAAGAUCCAACAGAAUUGGGAUCAUUCAUCGGGAUCACGGUGUGUCCCAAAUGUUCGCAAGCUAAAAGCCCAAUUACUCAAGGAGCUAAUGAGACUGGAACAACUAAUAUUGAGCACGAAAGAGAAGACGGAAACAAAAAAGCCUCGGCACCUCCCUCGUUGGCCUUGCUUUUUGCAGCUUUAAUCGAGAAGAAGAAGAAAGAAGAAAGUGACUUAAAAUCACGUAAUGGGAACCUUGAGUCCGAUCGACCGGGUUACCUAUUGCCUUCAGAUCCGUUGGAGUAUUUCAGCAAUCAUGUAUGCGACAAAUGCGGUUAUAAGGUUAAUGGACUCACCAUAUUUGGCCUUACCAAGGCCCUUGAAGACGAGGCCGAGGAAUUCAAAACAAUCGAUCCCGUUCAAGUGGAGGAGAAGCUCAAGGCUUGGCUUAAAGUUCUUCAUCCUAAUCAUUACCUAAUUCUCAAGCUCAAGAAGCGCAUGUUGGAUGUAUUAAGUCUCCUGCCUGAUCCAGAAGAUGAAGCUGAAUUUCGCAAAAAGCUUGAGAGGCAAAUUGCUUUAGGGACAGCCCUUCUCAAGGUUGUGGAGAUCCUGGAGCCAGGGUUCUCAUUAUCCAAAGGUCGAAUUUUGAGACAACUCCAUGUGCCCAGAAUUACGCUAGCCAAGAUCAAGUUCAAAAACACCGAGAUUGAUAAAGGAGAAUUCUUGAAAAUGACUGCCGAAGCGAUUCGCAACAUGAAAACCGCCGUCAAAUGCUUGGAGGACUUUGGUGAUGAGAAAAUGGAUGCAAAUAACUAGCAUUUUAUAAAAGUGAAAUACAAGUUCAUCAAUCAUACUCGUCUCGAACCACCACGCUCCCUGUUGGAGUCAUUUCUAUGUCAUUGUCUCUAAGGUCGAUUUCCACCAUCGCCGCAUCUGCAACGUCAUCAUCCAAUUCCUUGAUGAUGGCCAAACUGGUCUUUUCCAGCCGAUCCAGCUCUUCACUAACUUUUGACCUCUUUUUCGGUUCCACGUCUGCAUUGGAUCUCAACGAGUUUCGAAUCGAAUCUCGCACUCCUCGAACCAAGUCGGGCUCCGAUCCCAUGAGGGAUCCUUGAUAAUUGGCAUCGAUGUAAAACACACUCGGAGGUCUCGGAAUGAUUUGUAAACUGUCAUUGAACCUCACCGUUGUCACGUGUUCGGCACUUCGAGGCACAAACGACAUGUAUCGGAGAACUCGAUAUUGAUUGAUGAUUUUGCGAUGCCAUUGGUAGAAUAGACAAGUUAUGAUGAGCAAAGCCAAAACGAACCCCAUGACCAGCAAGGCUAUCACCCAACCAUAUCUGGGCGAGGCAUUUAAGUCGCAAUAUUUCUCGAGUAAUUGUGGCUCUUGCUUUUGUGAGUCUCCACAAUAGGUCUCGUUUCUCAGUUUGGCCUUCAUCAUGUCCGUGUCCACUGGCUCUGAGUAAAUCCUAGUCAUAAAAAGGCUCUUUUCGCGGACAAUGAGAUCAAGGAGUGAGCACUCGCAUUCACUGGUAGUCACAUUCUUCACAUUGACCGUCUUGAACGUGUUUGUUAAGGCUCCCAAAGAGGGUUUAAAUAAGUA